GUCACAAAACACAACCACACCAAAUGACACAACCCUCACAUACCCAAUUGCCUAAUUUUUCUCUCUCAUCUUUUUAUUAUACCCUUUUCACCCCUCCAAAAAUUUGAAAAGCUAAGUAUGUAAUCAUAACAAAAGACAACCCACCUAGCCUAUUUUAACUUCUUCCACACACCUCUUCUCCCCCCCUCCUCCCACAUCACAAAUCCCAUCUCCACUUUCCUUCUCUCUAACCACCCCCCAAAAAACAACAACAAUGUCCUCUUCUUCUCAUUCUCAUUCUCAUUCUUCUUCCAUUCUUCUUACAAGAGUUGUUCUACUUCUUGUUUUCCUGCACUUCAGUUUGUUGUUUGUCACUAAUGUAACUGGAACUCACCUUCAUCAUAAUCAUCCUCACCAUACUCAUUCGAGCGAUAAAAUCAUCAAUUUACCAGGGCAACCCAAGGUUGGUUUCCAACAAUUUGCUGGGUAUGUUACUGUGGAUCAAAAGAAGCAUAAAUCACUGUUUUACUACUUUGUUGAAGCUGAAAUUGAUCCUUCUUCUAAGCCUUUAGUACUCUGGCUCAAUGGAGGACCCGGUUGUUCAUCCCUCGGGGUUGGUGCAUUUUCUGAGAAUGGACCCUUCAGGCCAAAAGGGAAUAUCCUGGUAAAAAACGAGCAUAGCUGGAACAGAGAAGCUAAUAUGUUGUAUUUGGAGACACCCGUGGGAGUUGGGUUUUCCUACUCAAUUGACCCUACUGGGUAUGAUGCAGUUGGUGAUGCAGUUACAGCAAGGGACAACUUGGUGUUUUUGAGAAGAUGGUUUAACAAGUUUCCACAGUAUAAACACAGGGAUCUGUUCAUUACUGGAGAAAGUUAUGCAGGCCAUUAUAUUCCUCAACUUGCAAAUCUCAUGGUCCAAUUCAACAAAAAGGAGAAAGUGUUUAACUUGAAAGGGGUUGCGUUAGGGAACCCGGUUUUGGAGUUCGCUACAGAUUUCAACUCGAGGGCAGAGUACUUCUGGUCUCAUGGAUUAGUAUCAGAUUUAACCUACAAAAUGUUUACUAAAUCCUGCAAUUAUUCGCGGUAUGUGAGUGAGUAUUAUAGAGGAUAUGUUUCGCCAGUAUGUUCCAAGGUGAUGAGGCAAGUUGGUAGGGAAACAAGCAAAUUUGUGGACAAGUAUGAUGUUACCCUUGACGUUUGUAUGUCUUCUGUGCUUUCUCAAUCCAAGAUUAUUAGUCCCCAGGAGCAAAAUGGUGAGAGUAUAGAUGUCUGCAUCGAGGAUGAGACCGUCAACUAUUUGAACAGGCAAGAUGUGCGGAAGGCUCUUCAUGCCCGGCUUGUAAAUGUUCGUCAAUGGGCUGUUUGCAGCAACAUUUUGGACUACCAACUUCUUGAUGUAGAGAUACCCACAAUUACCGUUGUUGGUUCACUUGUCAAGAAUGGAAUCCCCGUCUUGGUUUACAGUGGUGAUCAAGAUUCAGUAAUUCCAUUGACUGGAAGCCGGACUCUGGUGCAUCAACUAGCCGUUAAACUAAAGCUCAACACUACAACUCCAUACCGAGUUUGGUUUGCUGGCGAACAGGUUGGUGGAUGGACUGAAUCAUAUGGGAAUAUAUUGUCAUUUGCAACUGUAAGAGGAGCAGCACAUGAAGUUCCUUACUCUCAGCCCGCGAGAUCACUAGUUCUGUUCAAGUCAUUUCUCGAUAGCAGACCUCUACCUGAGAUGCUUUAGAAACUAAUCUCAUUUUGAAAAAUUCAAAAUCUUUUAAAUGGCAAAAAGGAUAGUUAUAUGAUUUCAACUCUUUUUUUUUUUCAAAAAAUUCAUUAGGUUCAGUUGAAAAUUGUAAAGUAGAUAUGCUUAUUUGUGUAAUGUUAGUUGAAUAGAAGGAAAAGGAAAAAUGAGUGGCCUUUUUUGACCCUAACAAAAAAGGGCAAAUGGGAAAAGGGAAUUUUGAGUUUUUAGUUUCAGGAAUUGUGUGGGGAUGUCUCUGUGUUGUGGUUUUGGGUGUUGUUUGCUCAAGUUUUGUAGUUUGUACAAAAGGGAUCCAAGAUAAAAGAAAUAAUAAAAGUAAUGUUUUUUGUUCUCAA